CCUGAUUCUGAUGAAUUCUAAAGGACCUGAUUUUCAAACUAGGGCCCAUUCUCCAAGAGGUCCAUCAAACGAACGUCUCAGGUCUCUCACACAUUGGCACGUGCACCUUUAUACAUAGGCAAGGGCAUUUUCGUAGUUUUAUCCUACUCGAAGAAAACAAAAGAGUUCGAGCGUCUACAGCGUCUCUGUGGCCUCGCCACUCAAAGUCUCCGACUGAAGCAGAAGUGAAGAAUUCCCAAAACCGCUACACUGAAAUGAAAGAGAUUCAGGACUUUGAAGAGUCUUACACCAGGCCAGGGAUUGUCAGGGUUCUAAUAUUGAAUUAGGGUUUUGAUCCUCUGAACGAAAUUAGGGUUUAUGCCCUUUUCCGUCAGUAAAAUAAGAACGAGGUUAGGGUUUCGAAGUUGUUUAAAUGAAAUUUGGCGCUUUCGAGGGCUCUCAUUGGAAUUGGGGUUUCCAUCUUUUUAUUUGCUGAAAUGAUAGGGUUUUGCAAAAAUCAGGGUUAGGGUUUCAUGGAAUUAGGGUUUAGAUAGCAAUGGCAGCCAAUAACAAUAGCUCUUCCCCUUUGGGGGGUGCUGCUGGAGGUGUCUCACCGUCGAUGGCGAUGAAUCUGCCUGCCAAUCUCCAUGCUCCAUUGCAAUCGCAAUCACAGUCGCAGUCACAGUCGCAAUCUCCAUUCCAAACCCCAAUGCAGCUUCAACACGCCCAGAUCUUGGCCCAACUCCAGUCUCGGAACCAGGUACACGCUGAAGCACGAGCGCAGUUCCAAGCCCAGUUACAGGCCCAAGGCAUUGGUAGUUCGUCUUCACCCUCCCUUUCGACACCCGGUACUGCUGGAACAAAGCGGGUCCUCCAGAAACCUCCAGCUGCUCGCCCCCCUGGCCCCGGUGGUACGGCCACAGCCUCUCCUUUCAAGACUACAGAGCUGACCCCUGCUGCAAAGCGGAAGAAGCGGAAGCUUCCAGAGAAGCAGCUCCCUGACAGAGUGGCUGCGCUGCUGCCGGAAUCUGCCCUUUACACACAGUUAUUGGAGUUUGAGGCUCGGGUUGAUUCUGCUAUUGUGAGGAAGAAAGUUGAUAUCCAAGAGUCAUUGAAAAACCCACCUUGUACUCAAAAAACCCUUCGAAUAUAUGUAUUCAACACCUUCUCUAACCAAAAUCGGACAAUUACGGAAAGGAAGCAUUUUGAGCCUCCUUCUUGGUCCCUUAAGAUUAUUGGAAGGAUCUUGGAAGACAGGGCCAAUGCGGAUCCCAAUGCCAGCAUGGGGAUCCAAAAACUAACCCCUCUAUACCCCAAAUUCUCAUCUUUCUUCAAGCGGGUCACAAUCUCGCUUGAUCCGAGCUUGUAUCCUGACAACUCCACAAUUGUGUGGGAUAACGCCCGUGCACCCGUGCAGCAUGAAGGUUUCGAGGUUAGAAGGAAAGGGGAUAAGGAAUUCAAUGUGAGCAUACGGCUGGAGAUGAACUACGUCCCUGAGAAAUUCAAAUUGUCACCGGAACUGACGGAAGUUCUUGGUAUUGAGGUUGAUACACGCCCGAGGAUCAUAGCUGCAAUUUGGCAUUACGUGAAGGUGAAGAAAUUGCAGAACCCAAGUGAUCCACUGUACUUUGCAUGUGACCCUCCUCUCCGGAAGGUGUUUGGAGAAGAGAAGAUGAAAUUUGCUAUGGUCUCGCAGAAGAUCUCACAACACCUGUCACCUCCGCAGCCUAUACAGUUGGAGCAUAGGAUCAAGCUGUCAGGGAACAAUCCAGCUGGCAAUGUUUGCUACGAUGUACUGGUGGACAUUCCUUUUCCAUUACAGAAGGAAAUGUCAGCAUUCUUGUCUAAUACGGAGAAGCACAAGGAAAUUGAUGCCUCCGAUGAAUUGAUUUGUAAUGCCAUAAAAAAGAUCCAUGAGCACCGUCGGAGGCGGGCAUUCUUUCUUGGGUUUAGUCAGUCUCCAGUGGAGUUCAUUAAUUCUUUGAUUGCUUCUCAAAGUAGGGACCUGAAGCUUGUUGCGGGGGAAGCAAGUCGUAAUGCUGAAAAGGAGCGCCGUGCAGACUUCUACAACCAACCAUGGGUUGAAGAUGCUGUUAUUCGUUAUCUGAACCGCAAGCCAGCUGCAGGAAAUGAUGCUCCUGCAAGCACAUGAAAAAGGGAUUGUCUAGAUGAAGAUAUCAUACUUACUCAUGCUUGCCUGCGCAAUGCAUACGCGACCUUGCUUUUGUUGUUGUGGCGUGCUGAUGUCUGCAUUUGAAACAUUGGGCUGAGGAAGAAUGUCGAAUAGUGUGUUGGAAAGCAUCUGCUCACCAUUUUUUUUCACAGACACAAACCAACUCUGGAUCAUUCGAUUAUGCUCAAAGUAACCAAUGUUGGCUAACCACUUUAUCUUUUCUCAACGUUUAAGGCCUAAAAUGGUAGAUUUUUGUGCCUCUUAAGGUAUUGAUAUUCACUGCCGCAUUUGGGAAAAAGGUAAACACUGAUUCUUAUGGUCUUGGAUGCUUGAAAGAUUACAUCACAUGGACCAUAGCUUGCUUUCCUAUUUUUCUUUAAUGAAAAUAUCAUGCAUGUUCACAUA